AUGUCAAUACUUUCAUGGCUACCAGUAUUACUAAUUUUGAGCUAUUUGCUUAUUUCGUACAUUGCGUACGUUUUUAUAUACUGUCCAUCUUCUUCAACGACAAUAGGGGAAUGUAUAAUCAACCUCUUAAUUUUCAAUGUGUGCUUCAUAAUGAUGAUGUGGUCCUUUCUGCAAACAGUGUUCACUGCUCCCGGAGAAAUUCCAAGUGAAUUCUGGCUAAACUCAUACGAUCUGCAACGUGUUACAAGGUCUCAAUCUCAACAAAGUAGAAGUAUGUUGCUCGAAAAUAUAGCUCGCAAUAGAAAGCUGUCUUUGGCUACUAUACAGUACGACGGCUCAGGCCUAAUACGAUAUUGUGCCGAGUGCUAUGUGAUAAAACCGGAUCGCGCGCACCAUUGUGCCAGGUGCGGAGUUUGUGUCCCAAAAAUGGAUCACCAUUGUCCUUGGACCAACAACUGUAUUUCAUUUACUAAUUACAAGUUUUUCAUUCUUUUCCUUUCUUACUUAAAUUUGUUCUUUAUACUCUUCCUAUCAACAUCAUUUACUUUCCUUUACCACAUAUCAAAAUUAAUGACGCUGGAACUGCAAAGCAAAAAUGAUUCACUGCAUGUAAUCCAAAGAGUAGGUCUAGGGAACUUAAUUUUCCUGAUAAUUUACGUUAUAAAUUCAUCCGUAGCUGUGGUAACCAUAAUUUUUAUGGUUUAUCACUACAGUUUGACUCUGAACAAUAUGACAACUAUAGAAGCAUUGCGUCCACCCGUUUUUGUGAGUGAAGAUAUCGAAGGAUAUGAUUUGGGAAAGUGCGAAAAUUUUGAAGAAGUUUUUGGAAACAAUAUACUGUUAUGGUUUGUUCCAAUACAAACGAGUUAUGGCGAUGGAAUAAAGUUCUCAAUCAGAUCACAAAAUCUACUUGAUCAAGAGCAAUAUUGGUACAGCUAAUAAACGAUGUGCUAAAAAAUGUAUUUUAUUCUAUAUAAAUUUAAAAAAAUUUAUAAGAAAAUUAUAAUUUAAAAAUGGAAAAACUAUUUUAGAAGAAAUUUAUAAAAUAAUGCCUUAGAAGUUGCUUUCUUCAAGAUGGAACAAAAAAGUCUUAUUUGUGUUUAAAAGAACACUUAUAAAAGAGAAACCAUACACAAUACAUUUUUUAGAUAAAAUGUAUCUAUUUAAUAGGUUGUAAUGAUUUGGAAACUAUUUUACAGUUAAAAAGGCAAAAAUCACUUAUAAUUUCAACGCUCAACAUUAACAAAAGUAAAAGGUGUUACAAAAUUUAAAGAGCUUUGGCUUACCAAAAUGAUAGGAAUAAUCAAAGUAAGCAUUAUAAAAUAUUUAUGUCUAGGCAAUGACCAAGUUACACUAAAACUAAGAUUUUAAUGAAAAUUGUUAAUUGAGUUGAAUUUCUUCAAGCCAUUGUAUGAGAAAGUUACUCAAAUAACAUAGAAUGAAAUGGAUGGUUUCCAUUCACUCAAUUUUUUGAUUGGAGGUUUGCAUCAUUUUUUAUAUAAUCCAGAAAUACCGGUUUCUAUAACAUUUUAUAAACCUUUAGUAUGCAUCUUUUGACUUUUUUCAACUGGGGUAUCUCUAAUCACUAUUCUACAACAACAAAAAAGAAUGCAAUAAAGAACUAAAUAAUUCAAUCAGAACUCAAGUAGCAACAGUUGAUUGAGAUCUUUUUAAACGUGUUAAUGCAAAUUUCCCAAGAAUACAGGAACUUGCAUAGAAGGAAAUGUAUACUACAUAUUUUAUUAUAUAAUGUUUGAGCAACAUUCUCAUUGGUGUUAGCAUUCAUCAGCUUCUUGAUGCUACAUUCUAUAUACCGUGGGUGAUUGAAAUUAUUGAGAAGCAAGGAGAAAUAAAUGCAAAUUUUAUGACAGUACAACUCAAUUUACUUUCUUCUGUGCAAAGGUAGCAAAUCCGCACAAAAUAUUCUGAUAAUUAAAUUAAUGGACAGCUGAAAAUUCUUAUUGGAAUCACUUACGUAUUAAUAUCAAUAGGCCACUCUCAAUUACAUCAGUCAAGGCAUGUCUUUUCUUCAAAUAAGUUUGCCAGUAUUGGAGGAUCACUUGCAUCGACAAUAGCCUACAAUAAACCUUAGAAUAUCCCAUCAUUGGAUUAUUGUCAAUGAACAUGUCAGUAGUGCAGCCUAUUAUGCUCGAUAAUGCGAUUAUGUCAGAAAAACAAUAUAACAAUUACAAGAAAAAUUUAAUGAAAACUAUAUCUCUAACCAAAAAUGAAUCAUGAUAUAAAUUAUUAGGGAAAAUGAAUAAAAGUAUGUUAAUACCUUUUAAUAAUAAAAUUAUGCCGGUUCAAUAUGGCUCAAAAUUUCUUCUUUUUAUAGUAGCCUUCUGCGCAACAUUGAAAAAAUUAAUUAUUAGACAUUGAAAAGCUUCAGUGCAUAAUAAUCUCUCAAGAGCAUCUCAAGAAUUAAGAUAAAUACAAAUAUUUUAAAUAAUUUCCAUCAAAUAGUAAAGAUUCUCUGCUAAAAAUAAAUUUGUAAAGCUGAAAGGAACUGAGACUCAGGCCUACAUUAGGUGAGCGGUGAUACUAUUCAUUGAUACAAGUUAAUUGAAAAUUGAGCUUUUUAGUUAGUUUCAAGUAACUGUAUUACGACUUGGAAAAAAAUCUGAUCGGUGAUUUCCAUAACAAAAUGGUAGGUUCUGCCUUGAAAUUUUAAUAUUUCAUCAUCUUUUCAAUAAAUAGAUUGGUAUUUAAAAUGUUGAACAUAGUUAAAAUUUGGCUAUUAACAGAGUAAAAAUGCUCAUAGUCAAGAGCCACAAUAUUGAUCUUAGAGCUCAUCGUAUUUUCACAAGUUAGACAAUAAAUACUUCAGAUGAAUAAUUAUAUAACUUAGAAACUUAGCUAGAUUAAUUAAUACGAUUUUUAGCAAAAAGUUACAUAAAUCAACAAAUUAAAAUUUGUUUAUCUUAUUGAUAAUCUAAUUGCAAAAAUAUAAUUCUAUCAAAUUGAUGAAUUCAUCAAUGUAGUUCAUAAACGUUUUUCAAAGCUAUACGAUUUCCACAAACCGAUGCGAAUCGUAUGACAGCGAAACAUUUCAAAAUUGAAAGA